AUGGCCGAGACAAGACGGCCAUCCCCCCAUGGGGGACUUUUACGGCUGCUGCUCGUGCUGUGCGCCACAGUCGCCGCCAACGUCCUUCUCUCAAACGCAGCCACCCAAGAGGAAGUGGCGGCGCUGAACAAGAUGAAGGAUACCCUGGGCCCCGCGAACCUGUUCGUGGGGUGGGUGGGCGAUCCGUGCACCGGCAUGUGGCUCGGCGUGAUCUGCGACGCGCCGCAAAACGUCAUCGGCAUCAACUUCGAAUCGCUCAACGUGGACGGCACGCUCGCCGAUGACGUCAGCCGCCUCACGUCGCUUCAGAUCCUCAACUUGGCGAGCAACCAGUUCACGGGGAAGCUGCCCAAGGCCAUCAGCACACUCACCAACCUCCAGCACCUCGAUGUGAGCAACAAUAAGUUCGAGGGGAAGCUUCCUGACGCCUUCAGCCAGCUCACCGCCCUGCGGCACCUCGACGCGAGCCAGAACUCGUUCGUGAGCGAGCUCCCCGCGUCUCUCAGCGCGCUCUCAAGCGUCACGUACAUCAACCUGGCGAAGAACAAGAUCACGGGGUCGCUGCCCGACACCCUCACGGGUCUCAGCGAGCUCACCUACCUGUCAGUGGCGGACAACAGCAUGUCGGGCAAGCUACCAGCGUCGCUGGGAACGCUGGCGAAGCUCUCGAAGCUCGACCUCUCCAACAACGCAUUCACGGGGGCCAUCCCCUCCACCUACUCCGCUAUCCCCGACCUCAUCACCACGGGCACGAGCCUUGACGGCGCAGCAGCGGGCGCGCCAGCAUCAGCUGGCGCACCAACAGGGGUAGUCGACGCCCCGCCUGCGCCCGCCCCUGCCCCCAUUGCCAGCGCACCUGCACCCGCCUCCGCAUCCCUCCCCGCGCCUCCCCCUGCGCCCCCGUCCCUCCCCGCGCCUCCCCCUGCGCCCCCGUCCCUCCCCGCGCCUCCCCCCGCCCCCGCGUCCGUCCCCGCCCCCGCACCAGCGCCCGCGUCCUUACCCGUGGAUGCGCCCGCCCCCGCAUCCCUUCUUGCGCCCGCCUCAUCACCCGCCCCUUCGCCGUUGCUCGGAUCCGUCCCCGCGCCCUCCCCCCUCAUGGGCUCCCCCGUCCCCGCGCCUUCCCCCUCCCCCUCCGCCGCCCCCCCCUCCACGAGCGCACCCACACCCACACCCGCCCUACUCCCCCCUGCUGUCCGCCCGCCAAAGCACAAAUCCCCCCCUCCGCCCAAGGCCUCCCCCCCGCCCCCGUCCCCCCCGCCUCCGUCCCCUUCCCCGCCUCCCCCCGAGGUCUCCCCACCCCCGCCUCCGCCUCCGCCUCCGUCCGCGCCGGUUGCGUGUGGGGGAUGCGCGGAGGGGCAGGUGGGGUGGGCGGAGGGUUCAGAGGGCUCGGGGCAGUGCGCGUGUGUGUAUCCGCUGCUGUUCACGCUGCGCCUGGGCAUGGAGUACAGCCAGUUCACCCCCGAGAAGCAGCUCUCCCUGGAGCAGCAGCUAGAGACAGGCUUCUCGGUGCAGCCAGGGCAGGUGCGCACGCAGACAACGCGUGCCGGCAGUGUCGUAGCAGACAUGGCGGUGGGCCCCGUGUCCCCCGCCACCAUGCUUGACCAGCCCACCGUGGACCGCGUCACGGGGAUUCUCUACGGUACCAACGGCAGCAUCAGCUUGAGCGGCUUCGGGAGUGUCACGGUGGUGCAGCUCGUGCCGCCCAACCAGAUUGCGCGUCCAGAGGGUACUGCCCCCCCGCAAUCCCCGCCACCAGCAGCGCCAGCUCCGUCCUCAUCCUCAGGCGGGUGGUCCAUGGCGGCCAUAAUCGGCGUGGCCGUGGCGGGCUUUGUCGUGGCCGUGCUGCUCGUGGUGGCGCUCGUGGUGCUGUGCAUGCGCUGCCGGCCCAGCCGCAAGGACGCCUUCCAAGAUGACCUUGCUGACGACGCUGCCCGCCCCGCCUUCCAAUCAUGGGCGAACGGGUCAUCAGCCAAGGCGAACGGCGGCGCCUCCUCGCGCAAGUCCCAGGGCGUGCCGCCCGUGAGCCUAGCUGAGCUCCAGAUGGCCACGGACGACUUUGCCCCGGACCGCAGGCUCGGCACCGACCCUCUCGGCACAACCUUCGUGGGCACCAUGCCGGACGGGACAGAAGUCGCCGUGAAGAAGAUUGAGCCGUCUGUAGUGGAAGGGCAAUCAGACGAGGACUUUGUGGCAGUGGCGGCGAAUAUGGCGCGGUUGAGGCACGCGCACGUGGUGCAGCUGCAGGGGUACUGCGUGGACUAUGGGGAGCGGAUCCUGGUGUUCCAGCACUGUGCCGGCGGGAGUCUGUACGAUCAUCUGCAUAGGAAUGACGAUGACAGCUCGCAGCUGCUGUCGUGGGACGACCGGGUGGAUAUUGCGCUGGAUGCUGCUGAGGCGCUCGUGUACCUGCAUGAGGAGUGCAUGCCGCCCAUGGUGCACCGCAGCAUCUCGUCGCGGAACGUGCUGCUCGACUCGUCGCUGCGUGCACGCGUCGCUGGAGCAGGCCUCUCCUUCCUCAACCCUGUUGGCACCGACGAGAAGUCGCUCUCGGAUCAGCUGGUGGGUGGCUUUGCAUACAACGCGCCAGAGUAUGCCAUGUCGGGCAUCUACACCGCCAAGAGCGACGUCUACAGCUUCGGUGUUGUGCUGCUCGAGCUGCUCACAGGCCGCAAGCCCGUCGACUCGUCGAAGCCCAAGGCGGAGUCAUCGCUGGUGCGGUGGGCGGCGCCGCUGCUGCACGAUGUGACAGAACUGGAGGCCAUGCUGGACCAGCACAUCUCAGGCCCGCUGCCGGACGUCUCCAAGCUCACCAAGUUUGCAGAAGUCAUCACCCGCUGCAUCCAGCCUGAGCCAGAGUUCCGGCCCCUCAUGUCAAAGGUGGUGAACGACUUAAACAAGAUCCGGGGGGAACGUAGAGAUGAUUCCUCUGUUGCGCUCUUCUACGCGCCGUUAGUUGCAAUCAGUCGCCAGAUCAUCUUCGGGAGGCGAGUUCUCCCUCGGCCGGCGGCCACUACGCCGGUCGACCAGUUUAGUGAAGAGAGGGCGAUGGCCCACGUCACGAAGCUGGCGGGUGAUAUCGGCGACCGACAGGAGGGCACGCAAGGGUUGACAGAAGGUGCGAGGUACAUCUUAGACGAGGUUGAGCGCCUGCGUUCCAUAGCCAGUCCCCGCCUCCGAGUGGAGAUGGAGGAGAGCAGUGUGAGCGGGUCGUUCAGCAUGGUGUUCCUGCAGCGCAGCCUCUCCCUCGCCUACCAGAACCUCACAAACGUUGUCGUCAGAAUCUCCAAUGCUGCCACGGAUCCAGAGGCAGUCCCUUCGGUGCUUAUGAAUGGCCACUUUGACUCUGCGCUCGGCUCCCCAGGAGCGGGUGACUGCGCCACAUGUGUUGCGGCCAUGCUGGAGGUGCUGCGGCUGUAUGUGGAGGCAGACCGCAUGCCCACCGUGCCCCUCAUCUUCCUCUUCAACGGCGGGGAAGAGGUCUUCAUGAAGGCGUCGCACGGGUUCAUCACGAGGCACCACUGGAGUGAGACGGUGGGCGCCGUGGUAAACUUUGAAGCCGCGGGAACUGCCUUGCCAGAGAUGGUGGUGCAGAGCGGGCCUGUGUUCUGGCCACAGCGAGUGUACGGAGAGACAGCCGUCUACCCCUCCUCCAGCGUCGUCUGCCUUGACAUCUUCCCGCACAUACCAGGAGAUGACGACUACCGCAUGUUCUCACAUGACUUUGACGACGUGCCCAGUCUCGACAGCAUAUACCUGCUCGGCGGAACCUUCUACCACACCUCCCGCGACUCUCCCGAGAAUGUCAUGCCGGGAGCGCUGCAGCUGCGGGGGGAGAAUCUGCUGCCACUGCUGGAGGGGCUAUCAAGGGCGCCGGAGCUCAAGACACGGGCGCAGAGGCGCAUGGAUGCGUGGUCCGAACCCCACACUUCCGGCAGCGCUGUUGUUGGCGGCGGUGGUGCGGGCAACAGCACUGGCGCCAGCAUGCCCAAGGAUAUCCCCGUCUUCUUUGACCUCUUCAACAUGCGCAUGGUGAUGUACCCGCGGGCAGUGGCAGCAGCCCUGAACGUGAUCUUCCUGGCAGCGCUCUACUUUGUGCCCUCCCACGCCUCUGAGGCGCAGUCCGGCCUCAAGGAGGCCUCGCACCGCUCCCAGCACAUCCGAUCAGCCUUCCUGGCCUACACAGUCGGCUGGCUGCUGUCUCUCAUCGUGCCCAUGCUCGUGGCUGCUCUGCGAGUCGCUGUGUCCGGCCGCCCCAUGUCCUGGUUCGCACAGCCCGUGUAUGCGCAGCUGACGUUCAUCCCGGGAGCCGUGCUCGGGCUGCUGCUGCCGCACUACAUCCGCGCAGGGGGGUCUCUCAGCAACCCCGCAUCUCUCACCCCCCACCAAGAGGUGGCGUUUGUGUGGUCGUCGCACUGGGGAUGCCUGUCCUUCAACGUUGGCCUCUCUGCUCUGGUCAUGCACGGGUUUGGCGGCAGUGGGGGGUUCAUCAACUGGUGGUGGGCCUUCUUCAUGCUCCCCGCUCUCUUCCUCUACACCUCUCUCCAAGCCACCCUUGGCAAAUCAAAACCCCUAGCCCUGUUGGGCUAUCUGCUGCCGGGGGCCUUCCCAGCAGCAUUCUCGACCACCUUCACAGUCUUCUUCCUGCAGUUCAUGUCUGAGAAGAUGGGCGCCACUGGCACUCCGCCUCUGCCUUUUGGUCCCUUCCUGGCAGACGUGGUGCUAGCAGCAUGCACGGGCUUCUGUGUGUGUCUCAUCAUGGCGCCCUACGCCGCACUGCUCUCGCGCUACCUCGCCCGCCCCGCUGUCCUGCACGGCCUCCUCCUCUCCUCCCUGCUCGCUGCUGCCCUCACCUCCCAGCUCUUCCCCUAUGACACGCACCACCCCAAACGAGUGCUCAUGCAACGAGUCUACAGGAUGCAGGGCGGCAAGGCAGUGAGUGCGGAGACCACAGUAGCCACUGGCGAUUCCAACGAUGCCACCUUCCUCCUGCACCACGUGCCCCGCCUCGCCCGCUCCCUUGGGAUCCCCCCUGCCUCGCACCAUCACACCAACCGUACUGCACUUGUCAUCGCAAGGCCGUCCAACCUGCUGGCCCUGUACCCAGUCUCCAGCCUUCUAGACCGCCCGUUGACCUUCCCCGCGCCUCUCUCCCCUCGCUUCGAAGACCCGGACUUCCAGCUGCCCUCUCUCCGCCUGCUGCGCCAGCACACCUCCCUCUCUUCACCGCAACUGGGUGUGGAUGGCGAGUGGCGAGGCGGAAGGAGCUUAGAGGAAAUGGAUGAGAGGGAGAUUGAGAACUAUGGGUUGGAGCUCGAUGGGGAGGGGGAGGGGGGAGGAGCAGGAGCAGUGGCACAGAGGAAGGGGGGGAAGAGGCGGAGAAUUCACCUGGAGCUCGCAGCAGGGUCGCUGUCGCACGUGUGGUCUGCUGUGUUGAACAUCACCGGCCCUGUCACUGCCUGGUCCCUCACUCCUACCCUACCAGCGCGGGAGAGGGUUGGAGGAGGGCCACCGUCCCUCAUGGUGCAUUACUCGGGCGCAUUCCCCUGGCAGCUCUGGCUUGAGGUGAAAGGGCGGCGCAGUAUACAUGUUGAUCUAGCUGUGCUGGAUCAUGAAAUGGAUGCUGACGUGGCACAGAUGAAGAGCCUCUUGCCAGACUGGACUGCUCCAAUAGUGUCCUCUUCUUAUGUUGCCCAUUACACAUUCUAG